AUGUCCACCGACGCACCCGUACAACGUAUUCACUUUAGCUUGCCUCCUGGCCUUGAGAGAUUUGUUCGUUUCAAAGACUUACCCUAUGAUAUCCGCCACAAGAUAUGGGAGCAGCUCAUCUACUCGCCUGGAAUCCACUUCCUAAAGUUUGAGCGCAACUUCCCCCUAAUACUACCGCUUGAUGAUAGCUCAUCUUCGGAGGAAGAUACAACGUCCGACGACGGAAGUACUGGGCCUUCUGGCUCCCAGAAUCCACGAAGACAAGACUUGAGCAAGACUAGACCCAAGAUCCCCAAGACAUUCACGGCAACUUUGAAGCCAAUCUUCCCACUGCCCGCCGCAGAUUUGUCCUACCAUAUACAGAAGACAAAGACACUCACCCAAAUCUCCCUUUCCUGUAACGAGGGCGCGUAUGAGGUCAAUCGAAUCAUCUCCCGGCCAGACAACUUGACGCUCGACAAUGGCCGUCUCAUCAGCUUCGCAAACUCAUCCGACAUUGUCUGCAUUGACUACCCAGACAUCUUCUCAACCCGAGGUCUGGGUUCUUGGGCUCAGAGCUUAGACACGUCCCAACUAAACAACGUCAGACGCCUUGCUGUACGUUACCAUCCUGACUGGGAUAAGAAGUACCACUUUUGCCGCAUAUGCGGUCGUUAUCAUCAGUGGCUCCCCAGUCCCCGUAAGGAACAGGUCCCGAGGCGUCACCUUUACCAGUUUGCCACCCUCUUUCCCCGGCUCGAGACCUUCUACCUUCUGGACCAUCUCAUCGUGCGUCAGCCUCCAGGGAUUGAUGUAGAGGAAGAUUCCCGCUGGCUUGGGCCCAGCGACAGAGCUAGGUUGAUGGCCGAGUUCGCUGCCAGCGACAAUAACGAAAAGCGUGGCGAGCGUUUCCAAAGCGGCACAGGCCGUGUCUACUAUGAAGUCGAUCGCAAUAACUGCAACGAGUGCAAGGUGCACAGCCACGUAUUUAAUAUGCUAGAGUGGGUGCAGGAAAACUACGUCGAGAUGUGCGAAAAGAAGCCUCGUGGCAAGCACCAGGAUCCGAAGAGCGUCAAAUUUGCCGUGUUGGCCUGCGAAUGGGAGACGACGAAGCUUGUAGCAGAUAAGAUUGAACAGCCCGAGAAGACACCCACAAGAGCCCAGAAUCACAAGAGGAAGAGGGCCAGGAAGCAAAAACGCAUCUUCAGCCAGGAGGUCUCUGAACUAGAACAGGACAUGGGCUCGCUGAAGCUUGAGACAAACCAGAAUUCUCUUCCAGUGGUAUUUGGAGAUCACGGACAGUCAUCCUAUUUAUUUUCCUUUCGGACAAGAGUCUCAUUUCUAUCACAAUGA